GUAAUGAAGAGCUAUCUCUUUGCGAGAAUAACUUUGGGCCAUGGUCCUUCCUUUAAAAUCUUCAGGCAGACGUUAAAUUGUUGACGUGUUGAUAUCGCGCGAUGCGAUAACGCUGACGACACAAAUAUUUACGUAAGACGAUAAGGGGGCAAGCGAGAUAUGUUUAUAUACUUCUAGGACGUAAUAUUUCGAAUAUUAGCCAGUCAGUUUCGCGUUGUCACUCUGCCGCGUUAGAGUUAAGCGUUUGGUGCAAUUUAGGAAAAUGAUUGACGCCAAGAUCAUCGCUGUCGAUGUGCAGGAUAUAAGAUUUCCGACGUCGUUGAAACGCGAUGGAAGCGACGCAAUGCAUACCGAUCCUGAUUACUCUUGCGUGUAUGUAACGAUUAUAACAAACACAGGACAUAAAGGAUACGGUCUUACGUUCACCCUGGGAAGAGGAACUGAGAUAGUUGCGCAGGCAUGCAAGUCUCUGGCCUUAAUCGUAAUGUAUAAAAAAACAACAAGCAUUUAUGGUGAUUUUGCGAGAUUUUGGAGACGUUUAACGAGCGACUCGCAACUGAGAUGGGUCGAACCGGAGAAAGGUGUGAUACAUCUGGCCACAGCGGCUAUUAUAAACGCACUGUGGGACUUGUGGGCCCGGAUCGAGAGGAAACCUGUCUGGAAGCUUCUAUCGGACAUGACACCCCAGGAGCUCGUGUCCGUUAUAGAUUUCAGAUACAUUAGGGACAUAGUGGACGAGGAAAACGCGCGAAGGAUACUCGAGGAAAAGAAGGAACUCAGGCAGGAGCGAGAGAGGCAGCUGCUGGCGAACGGAUAUCCCGCGUACACCACCCAGGUCGGGUGGCUGGGCUACAGCGACCAGCAGCUCGAGGAUCUCUGCCGAAAGUUUCUCGGGCUCGGUUACACGGCGUUCAAGAUCAAGGUGGGCGGGAAUCUGCAGGACGACUUGAGACGGUGCGAGGUGAUACGCAGGGCGAUCGGCCACGAGAACAAGCUGAUGGUGGACGCGAAUCAGGUGUGGGACGUGAACGAGGCGAUCGAGUGGAUGCAGGCGCUGGCGAGAUUCAAGCCGACUUGGAUCGAGGAGCCGACGUCGCCCGACGACAUCUUCGGGCACGCUCAGAUACGGGAGAGUCUACGGCAGCACGGUAUCGGCGUCGCCACCGGCGAGAUGUGCGCGAAUCGCGUCCUGUUCAAGCAGUUCCUGAAGUACAAGGCGAUCGACUAUUGCCAGGUAGACUCGGCGAGGAUCGGCGGGGUCAACGAGAUCCUGGCUGUAUACCUGAUGGCUUACAUAACUGAAAUACCAGUUUGCCCGCACGCCGGUGGAGUAGGUUUGUGCGAGAUGAUUCAGCAUCUCCAAAUGUGGGAUUACAUUUGCUUAAGUCAGACCACUGAAAAUCGCGUGAUCGAAUUCGUGGACCAACAGCACGAGCACUUCGAGGAUCCUGUUCGCAUUGAGAACGCAUGUUACAUGCCGCCCAUGAGUCCCGGAUACUCGACCAAACUUAAGAAUGAGAGCAUCGUAGAGUACGCCUAUCCAGAAGGCAAUCAGUGGAAAAAUAAAAUUACUGAAGAAAAAGGAGCUGAUGAAUCCGAGACAUCUGAUUAAGAGACUUUUUUUUUAAAAAGUUCAUGUAUAUACUUAUAUAAUUCUUCUAUAAAAACGAUCUGCAUAAAAUUACAUAU